AAGUUAUGGACCCUCAUCGUAACAAAACGCUGACGUUUCGUACAUCUCACGCAUACAAUUACAAAGCCAGGCUCCAAACCCCAAGAAGUAACAACCGUUUCAUUUCAAUAAUAGAUUAGACCAUGUCCCUCACCGCUCUCCUCCUCCUCCUCCUCCUCGUUGCGGCGCCCAUCGCCGCCACCGCCACCGCCGCACCGACGGCGUACGAGAUGCUGGAGAGCUUCCACUUUCCGGAGGGCAUUCUGCCUAAAGGAGUCACCGGCUACGAACUGGACCCGGCCACCGGCAAGUUCCGCGCCGAUCUGAACGGUUCGUGCAGUUUCGCACUCGAAGGAUCGUACCGAUUGAGUUACCAGCCAACCAUCACCGGCUACAUAUCCGACGGCAGGCUCACCGAACUCCGCGGCAUAAGCGUUAAGGUCCUCUUCUUCUGGCUCAACAUCCUCGACGUCGCUCGCGUCGGCGAUGACCUCGAUUUCUCCGUCGGCGUCGCCUCCGCUUCCUUUCCUCUUGAUAACUUCUUCGUCUCUCCGCAGUGCGGUUGCGGCUUGGAUUGCAAUGAUUUACGAAUAAGGAAGCUCAAUUUGGGAAAUCCCUCCGUUUCCUCGGUGUAGAAAUUCAAUUCAAUUCCUUUCGAUUCUCAUUUAAUUAUGAGUAUGAUUAUUUAGAGACGCUUGUGUUGUAUGAUAUGGACAUGGAUACUGCAUUUUAAAUGGUGAUUUUAAGUAUAUAUUAUUAUAAUAUAAUUUAAUAACAUGUUAUAUUUGUUGCU